AUGGACAAUUCAACAAGACCGCCAAGGCGACCGGAUGGCGAGUCCACUGCUCCGGAUGCAACUUCCAACAGCCCGGCUCAGGCUCGGCCGGAUGCGCGACAGACGCCGCAACAACCAACAUCACAAUCAUAUCCGCCCCCGCAUUCGACGUCGCGGAAUCCACGCCAGAAACCGAUGAGCAACUACAACAUCUUCCACACGACAUGUUCCGUUUCCACCGAUCAACCUCCAAGUUUCGCCAUGGCGAUGCGACCUCGCCCGACGCCUUCCUCUCUCGAGGGUCGCGAGAGGCUACCCGACUACUCGUGCACCGUCGAAUUCGGCGCCAAGGUGCUUCUGAAUCUGGAAUCUCUGCACCCGCUCUCGCACGUCGGUGGCGGAGAUUGGAGGGAAUUGUACGCGUUGGUGCGAGGGACGAUGCUGAACCUGCAUCGAGUCAAGGAUGGAGGCGCGGGUAAGUUGCUGCGCAGCUAUACCCUGCAGCAUGCGGAAGUUGGCCUCGCGUCAGACGUGGAAUUCGCGAAGCUGGUGCCGCAGACGAGGCUUGCCCAUCUCAUCCCUCAGGGCGCGAGGAGGCGAGCGUGGCAGAAGGAUGCUACGCUGUUCAGGGAGAUGCGACAGACCGUUCUGCGCUUGCGAGCAGAAACGCAUCAAUUGCUCCUGGCUGGUUCGGAAGAACAACCUAUCUGGUCGCUGGUCCACGCUCUCAGCGCAGCCAUUGAUAUCGCACAACCCAUCGACGACCGGAGCAUAGCACGCCAAUGCACUGUACCGAGGCGCAGGAGGCGGCAUCAACAGCAUCGCGCUACCAAUCAUGCUGGAGUCAACAUCAAUGAUCCCGCUAUGCUGGCAGAGCAAGAGCGCAUCUUCUCGCAAAUGUUUCCUCGCUUUGCGGAGCGGAGGAGGGAAGAAAUGACGCAGGACCAGUCCGCCCUCCAAUCCGAGACCCCAGCGCAAGCUGUAGAGCAAGCUCCUCCAAGUCCUUUGUUACGCGAGGAAGAAGAAAUCGACCUGACGGACAUGCGGGAAGACAGCGCGAGGCCUCAAUCGUCUGACGGGACGAUUCGCCCAGGCGCCAUGCGGACGAAUACGACGGACACCAUGUACUCGGCCUUCUCAGAAGACAUGAUCCACGUCACAUCACCCGCCAACUUCACACCCGAAGGGAAAUGGCAACCUGCGCAGACUCGCACUGCAGCACAGCUCCAGCGCUACAUUCGCCGAUGCAUGCCCGUCUUGCUUGCAGACGCGCCACGAGCCAGCGACAUCGUCAUCUACGAGGGCAGGCGCAUGAGAAUCAACGCCCGCAUGGAGCUGCUGGAAGACUGGGAGCUGCAGCCACCUCCGUACAAGGCACACAACUUCCACCAGGAAAGCGGGCUUGUCCGAAGUGUCUCGCAGCGUUCGGCGACCGGAUCGGCGAAUCCAGCCGCACCGCAGUCUUCGAGUUCCGUGCUGGCCUCGGAAGAUGACCCAAUCACUCAAGCUGAGCAGACGCUGGACCAUCAGCGCUUGUCGAAGAUCACGACGGUCAGCACGAUGGACAAGAGCGCGCCGAGCCGGGCGACACUCCAGGCGAUGGCGGAUGUCGAUGCGAAGGGCAGGAGUCCCGCCCAAAUCGCGCAGGAUUCCAGCACGAUCCAAGGCGUGAUGUGGUGCUUCUAG